UGGUAGUUGUUGUGGUAGUUGUACAUUAGCUGCUGUAAGGUAGGACGUCUUCCAUCGUCACCCCAACUGUCCCCAGUUAUUACCUAGCAACAGUCGUAGUUUUGAGAGCCAGACGCUUUUCCCGGGUUUCUGUACGGUCACUUUGAAACGGGGAGAUACUCCUCUUGAUAUUAAUAUUAUCUUUGGCUCCACAUGAGAACAGUCCCUCAAUGACAUUUAGCCAACGUAGCUAGCACAUACAGCAGUUGUACAGUAAGAUAAACAAGGGACCAAACGUUAGCCACUUUGGAGGCUAAAAGUAGCUAACUACAGUAUAUGGUUGCUCUGUUAGAGCUAACUCCGACAGGUAGCUACAGAGACUACCACCUAACUAAACAUGGGACACCUCAGGAUGUUAAAACCCCUGUUUACCAUUCCCCCACACUGGGUACCCAUCAGGUGUAUCCAACCCAGAUAUUGCUCUAAUCUAGCGAACACCAGUGUGACAUCAAGAGAGAGGAGGACAACUGUAGACAAGUUCAAGUCCCAGAUAUCCUCUGGUCCAAGCUUCCAGGAUUUCAUCAAAGGAGUUUCAGUUAAUAACAAGACUUAUGCUGCAGAUGGAGAGUGUGAAGAACAUAGCUAUCUUUCUGAGGACUUGGAGAUGGGGAAUUCAAGGAAAGUGUAUUUUGAAACCUACGGAUGUCAAAUGAAUGUAAACGACACAGACAUAGCCUGGUCCAUCCUACAGAGGAAGGGAUAUCAGCGCACGGUUGACCUACGCGAGGCAGAUGUUGUCCUUCUGGUAACGUGCUCCAUAAGAGAAAAAGCUGAACAAACAAUUUGGAAUAGACUACAAGAACUGAAAGCGAUGAAGAAGAGACGGUUAAAGACCCACACACCAAUGAAAAUUGGGAUUUUAGGGUGCAUGGCAGAGAGGCUGAAGACGGAGAUUUUGGAGCGGGAGAAGCUGGUAGAUGUUCUCGCAGGUCCAGACGCCUACCGGGACCUUCCCCGCCUCUUGACUGUAGCUGACGGAGGUCAACAGGCAAGCAACGUACUGCUGUCCUUAGAGGAGACCUACGCUGACGUCAUGCCUGUCCACCACGCUCCUCAGGGACGCAGUGCUUUUGUGUCCAUCAUGCGAGGCUGUGACAACAUGUGUAGUUACUGCAUUGUUCCCUUCACCCGAGGGAGAGAGAGGAGUCGACCUGUCAGCUCCAUACUUGAGGAAGUUCGUAUGCUGUCGGAACAGGGUGUGAAGGAGGUGACUUUGCUGGGUCAGAACGUGAACAGCUACAGAGACACGUCAGAAGAACAGUUCUGCAGCUCAGACCUGACCCAGCUCAGCCGGGGGUUUAAGACCGUCUACAGAACUAAGCAGGGGGGCCUGCGCUUCUCCGACCUGCUGGACCGAGUGUCCCGCAUCGAUCCUGACAUGAGGAUCAGGUUCACUUCCCCUCAUCCCAAAGAUUUCCCUGACGAGGUUUUGCAUCUGAUCGCGGAGCGAGGCAACAUUUGUCAGCAGAUCCACCUUCCGGCCCAGAGUGGGAGCAGCAAGGUCCUAGAAGCAAUGCGCCGUGGCUACACGAGAGAGGCCUACCUUGAUCUGGUGAAGAACAUCAAGGCGAUUAUGCCAGAGGUGAGUCUCAGCAGUGACUUCAUCUCAGGCUUCUGUGGUGAAACAGAGGACGACCACCAGCAGACUCUGUCUCUGAUCAGAGAGGUGGGCUACAACGUGGGCUUCCUGUUUGCUUACAGUAUGAGAAAGAAAACCCACGCCUUCCAUCGGCUACAAGAUGACGUGCCAGCAGAGGUGAAGCAGCAGAGGCUGGCGGAGUGCAUCCGUGUAUUCAGAGAGGAAGCUGCGAGGGUCAACGCUGCUCUCAUUGGCAGCAUGCAGCUUGUCCUGGUGGAGGGAGAAAGUAAAAGAUCUGCCAAGGACCUGUGUGGGAGAACUGACGGUAAUAUGAAAGUGAUUUUCCCCAAAGAGGAUGUUGCUGCUCAGAAUGCAGAAUCCAACACUGCACCGGUCAAUGCUGGAGACUAUGUGCUGGUGAAGAUAUUGUCGGCCAACUCCCAGAGCCUGAGAGGCCGAGCCCACAGUCACAGCUCGCUGAGAGAGACAGUGAAGCACUAUGAGGCUCUACCCAGACAUCAGCUUGAUGAACAUGUGGACUCAGACGCGACCGCCAUUAAAACGGGCCCCUGAUUGACGCAGUUGACACCACAGGAAACAAAGUAGUACGCUGACUUCUUCUAUUGAAUGACUUUGACACACGGAGACUGUUUCUAUGUGAAGUUUGGUCAUCUUAUUAACUAUGAAAACCGCAUUGUGUUAUUUAUACAGUCAGUACUACCUAUGUGUAUGUACGUAUUGAACUGAACCCUGUUAAGAUGAUGUAAAUUAUAGUGUUUGUUUAGUACAAACUACUGUGGCUGAUUUGUUUUGUCUGAAGCGGGGCUGCUUGAUUGAUGUGUUGGCAUUUUUUUUUCAUGGGACUCUCCAAACUGCAGUAAAAAUGUCAUGGAUCAGCACAUUUGUAGAAUUGCUCUGUGAGCUACAAAGUCAGAAAGUUUGAGAAAGAAUUUGCCCAAAGUCAGCAGCAGAAAGUGCCGUGAUCUGCUUUGGAAGGAGUAUGUUAUUACAAAAAGAUGAUUGCUGUGACAAACAGCAAACCCUGUCCUCCAGACUGUGUUCUGACACAACUGCAGUUAUCCCCGUUCACUGCCCUCAUCUGCAUUUUAUAUUUACAAAACUUUGUCUGAGUUCACAUUUAAAAGAAAAAGAAAAAUAGUAUAAAGAACAGAAGAGUGAUAUAAAAUUCUCAGGAGAUACAAACAGGAUAUCUGUGACAUAUUUCUCAGGCGUGGAGAGCAUCAUUUCUUUUUGUUUCUUAAGGUAGCUGUACAGGCUGUGAUCGUGUCUUGAUGGUGGGAUGCCCCAGUGCAGAAAUGAAUCCUGGGAGAUUCCAGAAAUUCCAUUCAACCCGUGAACUGAACAUCUGUCCCAAUCAGCAUAUAGUCCUAGAGACAAAUACAGCACAGCAAUAGCAGUUAGUAACAGCUUUGAAAAGGAUGAAUGCUGAUGUUUUCUACUACACUGCCCUCAUUAAAAUCCAUGUCAUAUAAUAAAUGCAGCUUGUUCAAAAAA